UUUAACACACCACAGUUCCCACGUUUCUGGGUCGGGGGUCAAGUCCUGGACUUUAUAUGCACAUGGCGGGCAGGCCGCUAGUCUCCGUCCUAGCGCGUAAGGUUGCUGUACAGCCUUAUCCCAAGGACUCUUGGAGGCUUGUGGUGGAGCAAAGGAACGGUAGCGGAAGGAAGAACAAUAUUCCGAGCAAAUAUUGAAUAAGCCACAAUGAGGGAGAAGAGGAAAACUCACAUGAUUUUUCAAUUGAUUGGCCUAAGAUCCAAGACAAAGCUCCACCUUUCGGAAAUUCCCCUGGACGUCAAUGCCGCCUUUGAAAUCCCGCUAAUGUCUGGGGAAAUCCGGACGUAUGGCAACUGUACUUUCCACUUGUGUGUUAGCUUUCCCCCUUCCCCCAAGCCUGCAGGAAGGACAUUUCCAAAGAAAGGCCAGACAUGUGUGGUCCAUUAUACAGGAAUGCUACAGAACGGAAAGAAGUUUGAUUCCUCCCGAGAUCGAAACAAGCCUUUCAGGUUCAAGAUCGGCAGGCAAGAGGUCAUUAAAGGAUUUGAGGAAGGUACUGCACAGAUGAGCCUAGGACAAAGAGCAAAGUUGACCUGUACACCUGACAUGGCGUAUGGACCCAUGGGGCACCCCGGAGUCAUCCCUCCCAACGCUACUCUGAUUUUUGACGUGGAGCUACUUAGGAUAGAGUAAAGAGGGGCAACUGACUGAAAGCACCUGUUGAUAACCACCCUUCUUUCCCCUUCCUCUGAAUGGGAGGCAUCUUCACUAGAAUUUCCAUCGUUUUCACUCAAGCUCUCAUGCCUACCAUGCCUCGUCUGAGGGUUGUUUUCCCCACUUCUUCCUCCCUUAGUGUUGGAAUUUGUCCCCGAUUAGAUGCUUCUUUGCUGUAGAGACAGGAAAAAAAGAUGGCUGUUACAUCUGAGUUGUACAUUUUAUUUUAAUUUGCAUGUGAAGCUCCAAAAUUGUGAUUGAAACUAUAUAUAAUAUAUAAAAUAUAUAUAUAAACUUAUAAAUAUAUAAAGUUUACUUACUGAAAAACCACUGCCUUAUACACUUAAAGAAAAACACACACAAGGGUGCUCAGAAAUCCAGUGUACAUUUCGUACACGAGUGGGCAUUAGCCAAACCAAGUUACCUGCGCUGCCACUUUUCCCUCAGUUUGUAUGUUCUGCUUGCUGCUGUUUUAAAGAAAACAUCUCACGUGAUAACUUUUCAAGAAGAAAAAUAAAAUCUUGAUACUUUA